UAUGUGCGGCCGCGUGGGAGCGGGGCGUAGCGAGGCGCGGCCAGAGGUUGCGCGCGUGGUCGCUGCGGUUCCGUCACGGGCCUCGGGAGGUGCGGGACUCGCUACGCUGAGGUGGGCGCCGCCCGAGGGUCUGCGGAAUGCUCUGCCCGCAGGUGGUGCGUGCUUCUCCCUGUGAGUUCAGUGACAGUUACUUGGUUAAGUAAAUUCUCCUGAGGAUAGCCCUCUGUAUUCUCUAGAGAUGACAGCUGUGGAAGUGCUAGAGGAUGAGCUGCUUUCCAUUGAAAAUGAGCUGCAGGCAGUGGAGAUGCAGAUUCAGGAGCUGCUGGAUAAACAGCAAGAACUCAUUCAAAAGAAGACGACAUUAAAAAAGCUGAUAAAGCAGUCCUCAGGAGAGUCAGCAGCAGGGGGAAGUAAAGAGACCGAAACCUCAGUUGAGGCAUGGAACAAAACAGACUUUCCAUGGUAUGAGAAGAUAAAAACUGCAUUGCAAAACAAGUUUAAACUCCAGAAGUUUAGAUCCUUGCAACUUGAAACAGUGAAUGCUACAAUGGCAGGAAAGGAUAUAUUUCUUGUCAUGCCUACAGGUGGUGGAAAGAGCCUUUGUUAUCAGUUACCAGCUGUCUGUUCUGAUGGUUUUACACUUGUGAUAUGUCCUUUGAUAUCACUUAUGGAAGAUCAGCUCAUGGUUUUGGAACAGCUUGGCAUUUCUGCAACUUUAUUAAAUGCUUCAAGCAGUAAGGAACAUGUCAAGUGGGUUCAUACGCAGAUGCUAGACAGAAAUUCACAACUGAAGCUCCUUUAUGUGACCCCAGAGAAGAUUGCAAAGAGCAAAAUGUUCAUGUCAAAGCUAGAGAAAGCUUAUCAAGCAGGAUGUCUUGCUCGCAUUGCUGUAGAUGAGGUCCACUGUUGCAGUCAGUGGGGCCAUGACUUCAGGCCAGACUACAAAUCCCUUGGCAUCUUGAAAAGACAGUUUCCCCUUGCUCCUUUGAUUGGAUUAACUGCAACUGCUACAAAUCAUGUUUUAAAGGAUGCUCAGAAUAUUUUACAUGUUCGGAAAUGCAUUACCUUUACUGCAUCUUUCAACCGGCCUAAUCUUUACUAUGAGGUUCGGCAUAAACCUUCAAAUAAUGAAGAUUUCAUUGAGGACAUUGUUAAGAUCAUUAAUGGAAGAUACAAAGGGCUUUCAGGAAUUGUUUACUGUUUUUCUCAGAAGGACUCUGAGCAAGUUACUGUAAGUUUGCAGAAACUAGGAAUCAAGGCAGGAACUUACCAUGCAAACAUGGAUGCUAAAUAUAAGACCAAAGUUCAUAAAGGAUGGGCAGCAAAUCAAAUUCAGGUUGUAGUGGCUACUGUUGCUUUCGGCAUGGGAAUUGAUAAACCUGAUGUGAGGUUUGUAAUUCAUCAUUCAAUGAGCAAGUCAAUGGAGAAUUACUACCAAGAGAGUGGACGUGCAGGUAGGGAUGACCAAAAAGCUGACUGCAUCUUGUAUUAUGGUUUUGGUGAUAUAUUCAGAAUCAGCACAAUGGUAGUGAUGGAAAAUGUGGGGCAAGAGAAGCUGUAUGAUAUGGUGUCUUACUGCCAGAAUAUGAACAAGUGCCGCCGGGUGCUCAUAGCCCGUCAUUUUGAUGAAGUAUGGGAGUCUGCAAAUUGCAAUAGAAUGUGUGAUAACUGCUGUAGAGAAAACUCACUUAAGCAAAAGGAUAUCACAGAAUACUGCAGGGAUCUAAUCAAGAUACUUGAGCAGGCAGAAAACAUGAGUGAGAAGCUCACUCCGCUGAAGUUAAUUGAUGCUUGGUCUGGAAAAGGUUUAUCAAAACUCAGGGUGGCUGAAGUAACCCCACCAAAGCUGCCUCGAGAGGAACUGGAGAGAAUUAUUGCCCAUUUACUGCUGCAGCAGUAUUUGAGGUAUGAAGAUUAUUACUUACUUUCUUCUCUUACAAUUAUCAUAGCCAUUUUUUGUUAUUGUCACGUUGCUUCCAUAUAAUAUUAAUGAAUGUUCUAUCAUCUUCAGAAUCAUUUAAUGUGUUUAAAAAACAAACAGGGGAUUCUGUAUUUCUAUUUGAGUAAGUUAAAACAGAAAUUGUAGGAACAUUUGAAACACUGCGUCUCUCUCAAUUUUAAAAAAAGCUGGGAGCUUCUGCAGUUGUGUAAGUGGAACCUUUAGAUCUGCAGGAAGCUUUGCAUUGGAGAAAUCUGCUAUUUAUAGUCAGUCUUAUUUAUAUGCCAUGGAUAAGCAAAGUAAGUGGGGUUACCACAUAGUAUUCAAGAUAGGAUAGGCUGAUUAAUGUGGAAAGUGGCACUUUAAUUUUAAGAAAGCAUAAUGGAAAAAGUGCUGCUUCUUUAACAUGGCUUUCUGUGGUGUAUGUUUUGUCUUCUGAUAUAGUUUCAGAAAUAUGCAUGAAGUCAGGUACUUAAUCUCAUUAUUUAUAACUUUUUUUUUUGCAUUCUCUUACACAGAAAGUUUUUAUAGUCUGGAGAGGGUAAGCAGCUGAGUGAUUGUAUUUUUUCUUUAUUUUCCUGCGUUUAUUCCAAAAGAUUGAAAAGCAUGUUUGUGUAUGUAUGAAAGUCCACAAACUAAACUAUGUUAACUGCUGACCAGAUUAAGGACAAUCUACUUGGCUAAGUGAAGCAGAAUCAAGCUGCUGCCACCUUGAACAUCAAUCAGAACAAUUACUAUACGUGUCUUAUUUUUUCCCUGCAUGCUGACUUUGUCUCCAACCUUCUCAAAUGAAACCAAUUUCAUUU